UACACAUACAUAGAUCACUCUUAAUUUGUAGUGAAGAGCAGUUUCGAAAUCCAGACCAGGAAAUAUUCUCUCAUUCGCCAUGAAGUCAUUUCUCGUAAUUUUGGGUAUCUUCCUUUUUAACCAAUUCUUCGCCCUACCGGGAUGUCAAGCAGCACCUGCUUCUCUCGGCGACACUAUCUCCGCCGAUUUAGCACAAGCCCAAAGAGAUGCCCUCGCCAUCGUGAACAUGGCCGCCAAAACUACGGUCCAUGCUAUGACGGCCAUUGUUACGUCGGAAAAAUCCAUUCUGAACAAAUAUUUGGGUAGCACCCUCAAUAAAAUUGAUGGUUUAAUGCAGAACGCGACCCGUGCUGGGGUUGACCUGAGUGACGACGUCGAACUAGUUGUAAAGAAUGUGACAACGCUAAUCAAAAAAACAAUCCAAGGAUUCCAAGAAGCAGGGACCUAUGCCGUUACUGCAGUUGCCCUUAUUGCUCAAGAAAAUGCUCGUCAGCUCCGAGAAAGAAAAGUGGAAUAUGAACUUAAUAAGUUGUCAUUGGAGGCAAGGAAAGAAAUGACGGACUUGUUAUUGGCCUUCUCAACCAAACUGGUGAAUCAGGUCAGCUCGACGGUCACGGAAGGGGAUAGGAUUUUGUCCGAAUUUAUCAGAAUUGUGACGAGUAAGGUUACCUAAGCUGGGAGGAAUGUUUUGUUCCGGGUAAAAAAUUGUGAUUUCCGACCCCACAAACCAAUAUCAAUAAAUUGAUGUAAUAGACAUUUCUAAAUUUAGAAAUAUUUAACUAGUUCCAAUUUUUUGUGGGUAUCAGGCGAAUUUAAUUGUCUUGUUUGUAGCAUGAUUUGGAGCAAAUAAAUAAAAAUGUUGUGCAAUGUA